AUGGCUUCUUCUUAUAACCCUCAUAUUCGUAGCCAUUCCAAAUCCCAAAUGUACCUCUUCAAAAUCCUCCACAUCAUUUCCUCCAUCCCUCCCUCCAUUCAACAGCAAUCCUCUCCCAACAACAACAAAGGCGUUGGUAUCGAUUUAAAUCUCGCUUUCUCUUCCAUCACAGACACCGAAGAAUCCGAAUCGUCCAACAACAAUAACAACAGCGAAAGACAAGAAGAACCGAAAGUGGUUGAUGUUGACGUUGAUGACGUGGCAUCGGAGUUGGAAAACGAAGGCGACACAAAAACGACGACGUUUCGCGGUGAUAGUAACUGUAUAGAUUUACUCAUCGAAGCGGCGAGAGUGUUAUCUGAAAAGAACGAGUCGGAGGAAGAGAAACAAAUCGAAACCGAGUCACCGAGUCAUGAAGAAAGCGUUAAGAAACAGAAAGAAAGAUGGGUUGUUGUGGAUUUGUAUGAGACUGAACCGGUGGUUCGGUCUAAGAGAGGAAGGAACCAAACGUUACCGUUCCGGUUCAGAGACUCGGUGGUUGAACCGUUGAAACGCAAGGGUCGGAAUCAGAGAAUGUCGUCAACUACUAACUCAAAGAAACGACUUCUUCGUUAG